CUUUAAAGCUGAAAUUAAAUAAGUAUAUAGACUCGUCAGCUUUCGAUCCAAAGAUUUUUGGAAAUUUCCAUGACCGUGCAAUUUUGGCGGGGUUUUCUAAUGUUUUGUUUUCGUGUGAAUCAGAAUUAACGAUACGAUUUUGAGCUCAUAGGAGUAACAUGGGCUCUUAUCUCAAGCAAACACUGCCUAUUUAAGUCGGACAUAUGCCCGAAGUCAAAUGAAGUUUAGUUCCGACUCGCCCAGUGCCUAGACAUAAUGAACCCGUCCUGUUUGCCGAUUUUUCUGGCACUAUGGCUUUCCUUAGCCGUCGCAGAUCCAGUAAAAAAUAUGGACAAUCAGUGUGGCGAACAUUGCUUGAAAAUAUUGAAGCCCAUGUUCGAUCAUCUUGAACAGCUUAAGGAAUUAUCCGAUACCAACAGUGAACUGAAGGCCAGACUAAACAACAAAUCGCAGACAAUUAACGACUUGCACAGCCAGGUAAUUAUUGCUGAGCGAGAAGUCAAGACCAAGGACGACCUUAUAAUAGUGCAAAAAAACCAAAUCGAGAAUCAAAACGAACUGCUCCACGGCAAAGAUGAAAAAAUUAAUACUUUGAGUGAACGUAUAAAAGAAACGCAGAUUCUGUUAGAACAUUCUUCGGAUCACAUCAAGAUCCUUGAAUCACAAAUCAGUGUUCUGGGAGAAAAACUGGACACCCAAGCUGCCCAGCUUAAGGAUCAAAAGGAGCUGCACAAUUUGGUGAACACUAUGACAAAGGAUAAAAUUGAAUUGCAGAGUAAGUUGGCAAAUGUCACAGGUGAACUCGAACUGAGGAACCACCUUAUAAAGAAAAAAGAUUCGCAAAUUAGGGAGCAAAGCAAACACAUCACGACCAAAGACAAUCAAAUCAAUGGCUUAAGCAAUGCAGUAAAAUCGGUUUCCAAGGAAUUAACUCUUGCAACCGAUGAUCUGUUGAAGUGCAAUGGCACCGAUAGAUGUCCCAGUGGCAGUCCAAGGGGAAUUUACAAAAUAAAAUCACACGGAUUGAAGCACUUCGAAGUGCCGUGCAACGAAACCGGUUGGAUGACCAUUCAAAAGCGGUUCGACGGCUCCGAGAAUUUCAAUCGACCCUGGCAGGACUACAAGAGCGGAUUCGGCGAUGUUAGGGCCGAGUUCUUUCUGGGACUGGAGAGAAUCUACCAGAUGACAAGGGACGUUCAGCACGAGCUCUACAUCAAGCUUGGCAUGUUUUAUGGGUCGACCAGCUACAUUCAUUACGACGAUUUCAAGAUCGGCAGCGAGGCCGAAUCGUACUACCUGAAAUCACUUGGGCAACAUAAUGGUCCGGCAGGAGAUUCUCUAACUUACAAUUUGAACGACAAGUUCAGCACAUUCGACCGCGACAAUGACAAGGCGAAGGGGAAUUGCGCUGAAGAUCACGCCGGUGGUUGGUGGUACAAAAGAUGCUGCAUAAGCACACUGAAUGCAAAGUACUAUAAGGAUGGCAUAAAACAGGAUGGACCCCAGGGACUUCAAUGGGGCACCUGGCAGAACUUCAACUACAAUGUGUCGCUCACCUUUUCGGAAAUGAUGAUAAGGCCCAAAUCCCGAUGAGCCCGAACCCAAGCUGUUCGAUACACAGUCAUUCGAGUAUAGUUUUUAGAUAGUUUGAGAUACAAAUUACUUACAUACAUUUCAUUUUACAUUCGACAAAAUGUAGUCUACAUCUUUUUUCAUGCCCAAUUCAAAUUGAUUCCUUGCUCCUAGGUGGCGCCAGUCUACUUGGUUUUUGCAUGAG